GUUAUUAAUGAGGUGGAAGAGGAAACAUCAUCCAUCUGUCAGUCAGAUGAUGAGCAGCAGGACUCUCUUGAUUUCAAAUCCAGCACCAACUCUGACAGACUAUUCCGAUCAUUGAGAGAAGAAAAUUCUUCAGGGAGUUCUCAGUUAUAUUCUGAACAGGAAAUGAGAAAAAACAUAUUAUCACAAGAAGUAAAUGUACCUUUGACUCCAACAACUACUACUCCUUUGCUGGAACAUUCAGCCCUCAAUGCUACCACUGACGUCAAGAGAAUUCAUUCAAGGCUUCUGAACAAAGAGGGAGAAGAGACUGUAGACCCCACUUACACUGUGAAACAAGUGCUGAACCCAGACUCAAGGAAACAAAAGCAAAUUUCAGCAAAAGUGAAAAGGAAGCAAGCUGCACAGAACUCUUCCAGACAGAGGAUGGGUGAUAAUCAUGGAAAUUCACUUCUCCUUGACCUUCCAAGGGACAGUAAAUCCAGCCUGGAUGUUCUCAAUUGCAUGAUAAGCAAAGUAGAGCAUGAGCUGAAGGAAUAUGAGCGAUUCCUCAUUCUGGAUGCACUCGCUGUUUAUACUGGAAAGUUUCUAUUAUACAGUGCUUCUCUUUUGGAAGGUGUUAGCCAGCUGUUGCCUUCUGCAAAACUCAUCUUGCAAGUGCCUAAAAACUUAGGUGCCAUUAGAAAAUCUGAGUUUUCAUCUCUGAAGCAGAUGGAAGCAUCCUCAGAUGGAUGGGAAGGGGCGGGGAGGAGGAGGAAAGCCUUUCAGAAAUUUCAAGAUUUAUAUGCUGAUAAUCACAGCUGGUCAUCAAAGAUCCAUACAGUGAUUUUCCGCUGGUACCUACAAAUUAAUUUCAUUGAAUAG